UCCGUUGGCAACGCCUUUCACUUUUAUGUGGGGGGGGGAAAUCAAAGUCAAACUCGUGUAUUCCGCCAUUGCUCCCGGAGGGAUUGUUCUUGUUAAACGGCCGUCAGCGGGGCUUGAAGACGGACUAGCUCGCCGCUAGCCACAAGGAGGAGGCAGAGAAGGAAGGAGGGAGGGAGCGACCUGCCGGGCUGCUUUCACCUUCAGCAGCAGGGUAGAAGUUGUUGUCCUGUCAAGGGUGGGGUGAUGGCAAAGUACCGUGCUGGAUCACGUGACAGGGAAUGACAGCGUCACCUUUUGGGUGUCAUUCCUGGGAGGAUGCGGUGUAGCUAGCAGGUCCAGCUUGUCCUGAAUGCAGAUGUUGCCAGCUGGGAGGCUGAUGGUGUGAUGUUCUUUCUCUCGGCAGGAAGAUGACAGUCAUAUGACAGAGGAGGACUCGGACUCGCUCAGAAGUGGAAAAAGCUGAAGACCCUUCCCUGCUCCCCCUCAGCUGUUUAAGUCUUUAGCUCCGCCCCCUUGUACACAACAGUAUUGGUUGAAAGUAGCCCCCCCGCUGUUUUGUUUUUAUUUUUUACUUUCACCUUUGGUUCCGUUUGUAAAGAAAUGCUUUACCUGAAAAAGUACUUCACAGAGGGCCUGAUUCAGUUCACCAUCCUCCUGAGUCUCAUUGGGGUGCGGGUGGACGUCGACACCUACCUGAGCACUCAGCUGCCCCCCCUGAGGGAGAUCAUCCUGGGCCCGAGCUCAGCCUACACGCCGACACAGUUCCACAACCUGCGCAACACGCUGGACGGCUAUGGCAUUCACCCAAAGAGCGUGGACCUGGACCGCUUCUUUGCCACCCGCCGCCUACUGAACCAGGUGCGCCAGCUGGAUCGCCUCUCCGUGCCCACCCCCGAGCUCGACACCUGGCUGGUGCACCGGGACGCUGAGAGCGUGGUGUCGGCCGGGGGCCAGCCCGGCAGCGCCGGCAUCGCCCUGGACAAUGGGGGCGGCCUAGAGGACGUGGACGAGCUGGACGCCGCCCCGGCUAUGAGGGGGGGAGGCGGAGCGCCGGAGUCCACGUACGACGUGAACGCCGCCGGCGCGGUGGCCCCCGACGGCGGCCAGGAGCAGGAGAACAGGGACGCCGCCGCCGACCUCAGCAAGGAGGAUAUCGACCUGAUAGACAUCCUGUGGCGCCAGGACAUUGACCUCGGGGCGGGGAGGGAGGUGUUCAACUACAGCAGCCGCCAGAAGGAGGAGAAUGAGGAGGACAAGCCCCGCCCCCAGGAGAGCAAGGACGCCGAGGAGGAGCGGGAGAGCUGGAGGAACGGUAUCAACCUGCGGGGCCUUCGUGGCUGCGUGGACGGCGAGACCGGGGAGAGCAUUCCGCAGCAGCCGCCAGCGCCGGGAUCUCAGACCUCGUUGUCGCUGCAGGAGUGCUUGAGGCUGCUGGAAGCAACGUUCCCCUUCGGGGAAGAUCCCGAGGUAAGGGCGGAGUCGGACGGAACACCUCACGGGAGGUUUUCGUACGUUUCAUGUUUCAUCCUGUCACAGGCCACACCUCCUUCCGCCACCGACGUUCCCUCCACGUCUCAGAGCCUCCCACUGGCGCCUGCAGAACCUCAGCUGGACCUGGAGCAGCAGUGGCAGGACAUCAUGGCCGUCAUGGAGCUCCAAGCCAUGGACGUGAGCGGCGGCGGCGGCAACGCGGGCUGCGUCGCCGACGUCGGCAGGACGGCAGCGCCGACCGUGGUGAGCGAUUUUGUGCUGACCCCUCCCACGGCGCCGAUAAACCAGGAUGUGAGCCUCCACCAGGCCUCGCUGGACGACUGCAGCCCGGAAUUCCCAGCGGUUUUCCAGCCUCACUUGGAGGCCACCAGCUUCCCGGCGAGGAGCGCCGUGCGCACGUCCUCCAGCAACUCCAGCAACAUCAACGCCACCUUCGGAACCACCAACCUGACCGGCCUCUUCCUGCCGCCCCUGCUCAACGGCACAGGCGCCAACGUGAGCGCCACCGCCGUCCUGGCCGACCCCUUCGCCGGCCUACUGGAGGAGUCCAUGUUGGAUGAGAUCAGCCUUCUGGACCUCGCCAUGGAGGAGGGCUUCAGCCAGGCCCAGGCCUCGCAACUUCAGGAUGAGCUGGACUCGGAUUCCGGUCUGUCCUUGGACUCCAGCCGCAGCCCGGCUUCUCCCAGCAGCUCGGAGACGUCGUCGUCCACCUCCGCCACCUUCUCGGAGGAAGGCGCCGUGGGCUACAGCACCGACUCCGAGGUGGCCGCCGCCGACUCGGAGGAGGGCGCCGUGGGCGGCUACCAGCCCGAAUACAGCAAGCUGUGCCGCAUGAGCUUUCAGGAUCCCGCCCACUUCCGCAGCCUCCUCCCCCAGCUGGGCGGCGUCAACCACAACCACACCUACAACCUUCCGCUGGCCUUCGCCGAGCCCCCGGAACUCCCCGCGGGGCCCGGCAAGAAGGCGGGGCGUGACAAGCAGCACUCCAAGCUUCAGCCGCCGCACGACUUGCUGGACAAGCACUCGAGCCGCGACGAGCGGCGAGCCCGCGCCAUGAAGAUCCCCUUCUCCAACGACAAGAUCGUCAACCUGCCCGUGGAGGAGUUCAACGAGCUCCUGGCCAAGCACCGCCUCAGCGAACCCCAGCUGGCGCUCAUCCGGGACAUCCGCCGGCGAGGCAAGAACAAGAUGGCGGCUCAGAACUGCCGCAAGCGCAAGCUGGACACCAUCAUCAACCUGGAGCAGGGCGUGCACGACCUGCGGCGCGACAAGGCCCGCCUCCUCAAGGAGAAGAUGGAGUUCAUCCGCUGCAUCCGGCAGAUGAAGCAGAAGAUGCAAAGUCUGUGCCAGGAGGUCUUCACCCAGCUGCGGGACGAGCGGGGCCGGCCCUACCCCCCCAGCCAGUACUCGCUCCAGUACGGCGCCGACGGCAGCGUGCUGGUCGUGCCGCGCGGCCCCGCCGCCGCCGAGCCCGACCGCCGCCCCGACAAGAAGCCCAGAGAGAAGAAGAAGUGAACGGCGACCACGGUGUUGGACUUACACGCACAUGUGAGCGAGUCGCGCACGCCGCUCCUGACUUCCUGUUCCUUUGGCCUUUUUUCAUUCUGCUCCUCCAUUUUCCCCGGAAACUCCGGACUCCUGAUGAUGCGGAACUGGCUUGGCUUCUCCUCUGGACUUCCUCGGGAGCUGCUACAAACUUUUAGCCGCUCUCCACCGAGAUGUCCACUCGGAUGAGGUUCUGACGGUCCCGGACUUAGGACUUUAGCGCCAAAGGUAGACGGGUGCCGACGCCACGUGCACGCGUGCAGAAUGUCAGCUGAUGCUUGGGGGAAGUUCCUGCGUCGGCCACGAGAGGCGCUGGGAUGGAGCGCUGCCUUGUAAUAUCAACUUUAUCGUCUUCUCCAUCCACAUCCUCGUCUACGCUGUCUACGCCGUCACGUCUGGGAAGUUCCAACACGCCAAACGUGGUGUUCGAUUCCCUUCAGAGGCUGCAAGGACGUGAAGACGCUCCCAUAUUUAUUUGUCCCCAGCCUGCCUGCCUGCUCCUCCUUCGGGACUGUGGCGGUGUGGUCUUCCUCCCGGGUGCCUCGCCGGCGCGCCGACUGGAACGUUGGGACGGCACGACGAGUCCACUUAGACGCUUGAGUGCCGUUUGUCGCCGUCGUUGUCGUGGAGGAGGAAAGCGUGUGGAAUGUUUUGAGAAGCUGAGGGUGAAACGUCUCCUGGGAUCCACAACUCCUGCAUCCUGCUAAAACUUAGUGCACUUUUUUUGUCUGUCCUGUAAAUACUUACGUGUCCCCCUGCCCCCCCCCCCCCCACCCCCAACCAACCCCCUCCCCCUCUCGCUCUCUCUAUCGCCUUUCAUUUGGAUGUAGUUUGCUGGCAAUCAACAUUUGUUUGUAUUGAUUAAUAAAGUGGUUUUAUUUCCACGUGCUCGUCUGCUGUUUUGCUGGGGUUACCAUGGCAACUGAUGAUAAAGGUAGCAUCCACGGGUUGCUGGGACGCUAUAAACCAGAAUAACGUCAGCAUAUAAGAAAGGUCAUUUGCUUUGAAAUAUUCUUGAUUGGGGCUGCACAGUGGCUCACAGCGAGGAGACCCGAGUUCAAUUCCACCCAUCCACAUUAGGGGUGUGAAUCUUCCAUACACAUGUGAAUGCAUCAGCGAUACCAUACUUUAACGAUA